UUUAUUGUGCCAUUAUUAUGGAAAGGAUAUAAGAAGCGGUUGAAUGAAGAUGACAUGUUUGAACCUCUUCCGGAACAUCUCUCGGAGAACGUCAGCAAUCGUCUAAGCGAAGCUUGGAAGAGAGAAAAAGAAGAAGCAAAAGCAAAAAAUCGUAUGCCAUCUUUAACAAAAGCAAUUCGAAAUGUAUAUAGUCGCCGAAUUUUAAUGUUUGGUACUUUAAUUUUUUUUGAAGAGUCAAUUAAAGUGCUUCGGCCAUUAGCGAUGGGAAGGCUGAUAAGAUACUUCCGUUUCGAUGCACCUCUAAGCGAAACCGACGCUUAUAUAGCGGCAUUUGGUAUUGCGAUCACAAGUGCCCUUUCUGCAUUAUUUCAUAAUCCAUACUUUUAUAGCUCACAAAAGAUCGGAAUGGAAGUGAAAAUCGCUAGUAUUCGAUUAAGUAGUGGUGCAGUUCAUAAAACAUCUGUGGGCAAUAUUAUAAAUUUAUUCUCAAUUGAUGUUGCUAAAUUUGAUUUGUGUUUUUUAUUUAUUCAUUAUUUAUGGGUUUCGCCUCUGGUGCUUACUGCAUAUAUUUAUUUGCUUUGGUCUGAAAUUGGAUUAUCAUCAUUCAGCGGUUUUUUGGCGAUAAUUAUUUUGGUUCCUAUUCAAGUGAUUUUUCAAAAUUUUUUUUUCAGAAAUGAAAUCGCUGUUCGUACCGAUAAACGUGUUAGCAUAAUGAACGAGAUAUUAAAUGGAAUAAGGAUUAUAAAAAUGUAUGCAUGGGAAGACGCUUUUGCCAGUUUUAUUGGUGUUUUGAGGACUAAGGAAAUGAAAAAAAUAAGAGAAAGCUAUAUAUGGCAGUCAAUACUAAUGGGGACAUAUUUUUCAUCUGGUCAAUUGGUUAUGCUGUUUGCCAUUAUUACUUAUUUAUUUACUGGUCAUAUGUUAACAGCUGAACGAAUUUUUGUCGCUAGCGCUCUAUAUGACGCAUGUCGUUUGCCUAUCACCUUGUUUGUACCAUUCGCUCUUCGAUAUCUAUUCGAAACCAAGAUUUCUUUGCGUCGCAUUCAAGAGUUUCUUGAACUUGAGGAGUGUGAACAGCUAAAUGAACAUGAAAAUUCAAAUGCAACAAUGCAAUAUGCAGCAAAAUCGUACUUUUCACAAUCACAUAAAGAAAAGAACUCAAUAGAGACUGGAGUUUUGUUGACUAAUUUCACCAAAAUUGAUCAGCAAGCAGACGUUCAUAUAGAUGAUAUUCAAAUUGAAAUGGAAAAAUUCACUGCCGUUUGGGACUUAAAUGAGGAAAAUGAUUCGGUAAAUAUGGUUUAUGCUGUUCGAGAUGUAACUUUAAAGGCGCGUGCAGGCCAGCUAAUUGCCAUCGUUGGACCAGUUGGCUGCGGAAAAUCAUCAUUACUUCAUUCUUUGCUUCGCGAAACAAAAUGUGUAUCUGGAAAAAUGAGAACGAAUGGACGAAUUGCCUUCGUAUCACAGGAUGCAUGGAUUUUCUCCGGAAGCAUUCGAGAAAAUAUAUUGUUUGGAUUUCCUUACGAGAAAGAACGCUAUGAAAAAACAUUACAACUUUGUGCUCUUAAUGAGGACUUAGCACAAAUGCCGAAUGGAGAUCUUUCGUUAGUUGGUGAUCGUGGACAAUCUCUUAGUGGUGGACAAAAAGCGAGAGUUAAUUUAGCUAGAGCAGUUUAUCGUGACGCUGACAUUUAUUUGCUGGAUGAUCCUCUUUCAGCGGUCGAUGCUACCGUCGGCCGACACUUAUUUGAGAAAUGCAUAACGGGUUUUUUGAAAAAUAAAUUAGUCAUUCUGGUUACUCACCAACUGCAAUAUUUACAAGACGCUGAAUAUAUUCUUUUUCUACGAGAUGGUGGUGUUGUUGCUUAUGGUGCCGUGGACGAAAUUAAAAGUAUGGAUAUGUUCGUUGACUUUAUACGUGAAACUGAACAAUCGUAUAAAUCAGUAGAAUCUGAUGCUAAAGUAGACGACUCUUUACCAGAGAAAAUAGAUUUACCCAAUAGGAUCUCUGAAAAAGAAGCCAAUAUUUAUGAAAAUGAAGAUGAACGUUCGACUUUGCUCACUCAUCGUACUGAUGCACCAAGUAUAAAUGAAAAUGAAAUUAUAAACAAGUCAGAUGUUGAAAAGAAUAAGGCAUCCAAUUUUGAGAUGGCAAAUGAUAGUGAAGAUCGCGUUGAAGGAAGUGUUUCAUGGCGUAUUUAUGGUUUAUAUCUCAAAGCAAUGGCUCAUCCACUUAUUCUAUUACCUCUUUUGUUUAUUUUUGUUGUGUCCGUACAAAUAUUCAGUAACUUUAUCGAUUGGUGGCUAAAAAAAUGGACAAAUGCGUCAGAAAAAUCUAUGGAACUUGCUAAUGCAAGUAGUAUAUUAUUGUUGCAAGGUGCAAAAUCAGAAAGCUAUGUUGAUGUCGUGAAUUUUGGUUUAUUCUCAAGCAUUGUAAAUCUCAAUCUGUAUAGAAAUAUUUAUGCUGUAAUGGUUGCUAUUCUCGUUCUCGUUUCAGUUUUGAAAUGCAUUUGGUUUCGAUCGUCUCAAGCAGUGGCAUCCAAUGUUUUACAUGAUUCAAUGUUUAAAUCAGUCAUGAAAGCAAAAAUUUCAUUUUUUGAUGAAAAUCCUAUCGGUCGAAUUCUGAAUCGAUUUUCAAAAGAUGUUGGAAUGAUGGAUGAUCAGCUUUCUUUUGUAUUUUUUGAAUUUUUAAAUGGUUUAAUUACUUUUAUUGGAAUCGUAUGCGUUAUUUUAUUGAUAAAUCCUAUUGUAUUUGUUCCAGCAAUUCCUCUUUUAUUUGUAUUUUUUUUUAUUCGUUUUUUUUAUCUGUUUUCUUCAAGAGAUGUAAAACGACUCGAAGCAACAACAAAAAGUCCUUUGUACUCAUAUAUUUCUGCCGUUAUACAAGGUUUGGUCACAAUUCGCGCAUUUCAAAGCGAGUCUGUUGUAAUGAGCAAUUAUUAUGAUCAUCAAGAUAUGAACACUGCAGCAUUUUAUCUAACUGUGGUAACUUCUCGUUGGUUUGCAGUAAUUAUCGAUUGGUUGGUAGUUUUUUUUGCUGCUGUGGUUGCAUUUGCUUGCGUUUUUACGCCAGCAAUCAUUGGAAGCGGUGAAGUUGGUUUAAUGCUUUUAUACUCAAUUCAUUGCCUUGGAUUUUUUUCAUGGAUUUUGCGCCUAAGUACAGAGACACAGUUUGGGGUGCGAAAUUUUUUGCUUUUGUUUUCAGGUCUUAUUAUUAUAGCUCGAAUUGUUUUAUCUUCUUCUGCUGUUGCACUGCUACUCGUUUACGCAAUAUCAAUUGCUGCUAUUUUCAGUCGAUUUGUGGAAAUUUGGACCAGAUGUGAAAUAAAUAUGGUGUCAAUUGAGCGAAUAAUUCAAUAUUGCGAAUUACCAUCUGAACCAGUUGAAGAAGGAGUGAAACCACCAAUCGAUUGGCCUUUGUCAGGACAUCUCCAUUUUCAUAACGUAUCGUUGCGUUAUAAUGAAUCUUCUAAUCCAGUUCUUAAAAAUAUUGAAGCCGAUAUUUUGCCGAAAGAGAAAGUUUAUGCUCAGACUUAG